CUACAAGCCAAACCUUAAAAGACUUGCUCGUAAAACUGUGACAAAUGCACAUAAUGUACGUCCGGUAGUGUUUAUCAACAGACCAACACUAGUCUCAAAAUGAGUGUUAUUCUUGAUAGUCUACAAAACAAUGUGGCCUUAACGGUUAUCGUUAGCUCUCAGUCAGGCUUACCUGAUCUUACGGAUACAUAACCGGUCAUUUUAGGUGUGCAUAGCCGAGUAUGUCAAAGGCUUAACGACCUGUUUCGUAAUGAGCAUCAUACAAGUCCCCAGGAAGAUCUUAUUCUGAAAAUGUCCAGUCAUUUGAGUUUGUAAGGAAAAGGAAACAACUUUUUUUUUUUUUUUUUUUACCCUUUACGACAGAGUUAAACAUAAUUAAGUUCAUAUCAUACUCGUGAUAUUUACCAGAUAUAGCUGACACUGUGGUCAACUUUCCUUGACCUUGAGAUGUAAAGAGAAAAGCAUACAAAUAUGUGGGAGCAUCUCGGUGGGAGGGAUUAUUGCUGCAGGAAACAGUUAGGUGGCGUGCAGAGCUCAGAGGCUGAACCUUUCCAGAGCGCAGAUAAAGAGACGGGAGCGCAUCUCUGUCUCAGACACCUGAUGAGCAUCCUCCAAACUCUCGUAACAAGGGGACAGAACUCGUUUUGGGGGAUUUUACCGAAGCACCAAAUCUUGGAGAACACCAACAGGGAACAGCAUUACUUUAUUAUCACUGGACAUUAAGAGAUGGCACUGUCUUUUCGACGCAGGUGUUUGCUGCUGCUGUGUUUGACAGCUAUCCAGAGUGGUCAUGCUGCCGUUCAGACAUGCAUGGACAAGCACCAGGUGGUCGGGGUGCUUCGUCAAAUGGAGAAGUUUCUGAAAGGCCAGGAGAUGCGAUUUACGGAGGGCCUCAGGAUCAUGAAGUCAAAGCUGGCAACGCUGCAGAACUCUGUCUCCAAGUUACCUCAAGCUGACCAGUCAGCUGCUCCCACCACCUGCCCCACGCUGGAAGGCCCUGCUCACGGAACCAAGUUUGGCUCAAAGUAUUUAGUUGGACAUGAGGCCCAUUUCACUUGUUCCCAGGGCUACCAUCUUGUCGGUUCUGCCACUCGUGUCUGCCGGGACAACGGCACCUGGACUGGCAUCAGUGCCAUCUGUAAAGAUAUAAGUGAGUGUGCAAGUAAUCCCUGUCAAAAUGGAGGUACCUGUGUGGAAGGCGUUAACCAGUACAAAUGCACCUGCCCCCAGAACUGGAGUGGUUCUCACUGUCAGCAUCAAACCCAGACAGCACCACCUGAGUGGAGUGUCAUGAAUGAUCCAGCAUUCAGCCGGAGACCUCGCUGUGCGCAAGUGAACAGAGCCCAACACUGCAGCUGUGAUGCCGGCUUUCACAUGAGUGGCACCUCUGACAACAGUAUCUGUCAGGAUGUAAACGAGUGUGAGGUGUAUCGGCUGGACAAAGGAGGGAAGCUUUGUGUCCACGAGUGUGUGAAUGUCCCGGGCUCGUACCACUGCUCGUGCCCCAGCGGCUACAAGUUGCUCCCAGACGGGCGGAACUGUGAGGAUGUGGACGAAUGUUUAAGCCAGCAGCACAACUGUAGCCGAGGGACAACUUGUAUCAACACGGGGGGAGGCUUUCAGUGCGUCAACCCAGAGUGUCCCCGUUCUCAUGGCAACAUCAGCUACGUCAAGACGUCUCCCUUUCAGUGUGAGAGAAACCCCUGCCCCAUGGACAGCAGAUCCUGCCACCUGGCUCCCAAGACCGUGUCCUUCCACUACCUGUCUCUGACCUCCAGCCUGCAGACUCCUGCGACGCUUUUCCGUAUGGCGACCGCCGCCGCCCCAGGGCGCACCGGGCCGGACAGCCUGCGCUUUGGCAUAGUGGGCGGAAACUCCCGAGGCAUCUUUGUCAUGCAGCGUUCAGACAGGCAGACCGGUGAGCUGAUACUGGUUCAGCAGCUGCGCGGGCCGCAGGAGAUCAGCGUUGAUGUGGACAUGUCUGAGUACAGCGACCGCACCUUUCAGGCCAAGCAUGUGGCCAGAGUUAACGUUCUGGUUUCCCCUUACAACUUCUGAGAGCGUGCUGGCAAAGGAGGAGGACGAGACAGACAGGGGAAGAGGAGCAAGGAAGAGUGUGUGAUGGGCCUGAGUUUACUGAUACUGUUUCUUACUUCCAUAUCAGAAAUUAAUUUGCCUGAGUAGCUGGUCAAGUGACAAGCCAAUAUUAUAAUAAAACAUUUAUAUUAUGAAUAACAAUUUACGGCAAAACACAUCAUAGAUGCUUCUUUAAGUCAGUAUGAGCUUUGACUGAUGUUUGACUGAGUAUGUUUGAAUGCUGAACAAGAGCAUAAAUGGGUUGGGAGGGAUGCAGAACUGAUUUUGUCAUUGCUGUUGCUUUAUGUUUGUAUGUUUAUGUCCAUCAUAGAUCAUGUCUGUAGCUCAGGGUCCAGCCCCGGGGCUGAUGCACUGCCCUUGCUUUGUUGACGAUAAAUCCCUAUAAGACAUUAGUGCUCCUGAGGCUCUAAUUUAUUGGAAAUAUUAUUGCUGGUUUUUACAUUGUAACAUACUGUACGCCACAUGUUUA